UCUUGGGAGUUCGUCUCAGAUCCGAUUCGUGAAAGUGCUCCCUCUCUCACAGUUUGGGAGGUACCAGAUAAGGAGGGCAAAACUAGGAAUUAAAGGAAGGUUAGGAGGGGCUAUAAAGAUCUAGGAAAAAUGCCUGCCCAGAAGAUUGAAAGCGGUCACAAUGACACAGUUCACGAUGUGUCCAUGGAUUACUAUGGAAAGCGUUUAGCAAGCGCGUCAUCUGAUACCACUAUAAAAAUAAUUGGCGUAAGCAACAACUUGACAUCACAGCACCUCACGACUUUAACUGGACAUCAAGGCCCUGUUUGGCAGGUUGCUUGGGCACAUCCCAAGUUUGGAUCAAUCCUUGCUUCCUGUUCCUACGAUGGUAGGGUAAUUAUUUGGAAGGAAGGUAACCCAAAUGAAUGGACACAGGCCCAUGUGUUCACCGAACAUAAAUCAUCCGUCAAUUCAAUUGCUUGGGCGCCUCAAGAACUUGGUCUCUGCUUAGCUUGUGGAUCUUCCGACGGGAAUAUCUCAGUUUUCACUGCCAGAUCCGAUGGUGGUUGGGACACCACCAGGAUAGACCAAGCCCACCCUCUUGGAGUGACCUCGGUUUCUUGGGCCCCAUCUACGGCUCCUGGCGCUCUCGUUGGAUCUGGCAUGCUGGAUUCUGUUCAGAAGCUGGCUUCUGGUGGCUGUGAUAAUACUGUGAAGGUUUGGAAGCUAUAUAAUGGGAAUUGGAAGAUGGACUGCUUCCCUGCCUUGCAAAUGCACACUGAUUGGGUUAGGGAUGUGGCUUGGGCUCCCAACCUGGGCCUUCCAAAGACUACUAUGGCAAGUGCUUCACAAGAUGGGACAGUGGUUAUAUGGACUGUGGCCAAAGAAGGUGAUCAAUGGGAAGGUAAAGUCUUGAAGGACUUCAAGACUCCAGUUUGGAGGGCAUCAUGGUCUUUGACAGGAAACUUGUUGGCUGUGGCUUCUGGUGACAACAAUGUCACUUUGUGGAAAGAAGCAGUUGAUGGGGAGUGGCAACAGGUGACCACUGUUGAUUAAUACUUUCUCCUUUUUUUGUAUACUUUCUAGUGCCAUUUGUGUCUUUUGGCCUUUUUAAGGAACAUUUUGCUAGUUUCCAGUACUAUCUUCACCAUCUUUUUCCCUCUUUUGGUAUAGGUUUGUUUGUAUGUGUUGAUGGGAUUGAUUACUUGCAAUAUAUAGGAUUCUGGUGAGAAAGAACAAGAUUUUGAUAACCUUGGUUUUUCAUUCUCAUCAUGUAUUGGUAUUUGCAUCCUAUUAAACGAUUCCUUCAGUACCCAGGUUUUGUCUGCUCUCAUCUAUUUACUAAACUUGGUUUGUGUGCCUCUUGUUGCGAUUGUUGAGUAGGUUUCCAAUUGUUAUUCUUCUGAUGUGUCGGUGGAGAGUUGGAAAAUGGUGGCAUUGGGUAAUUAACAGGUGAUUUUUCUUGUUUCUUAAACAUCCUAUGCCGACUUGCUUGUGUCAUUACACUUCCCAAUCCUAGCGAUUUCCCUCAAUUUGUUUUGAUUUGGUUACGCUCAUUCUGGUGGUUGGUUAAACUGGAAACAUGCAAAAACCUGACUGAGGCGGGGUUUCUUUCCAAUAUAGCUAGCGAGUUGCGUACUUGUGUCCCUCCAUCAGUUUUGCCGCCGAGUUGGGUAGCUGGGUUCUUCAUUUGUGCCGUUAUAAAGCAUUAGUUAGCAGUUGCGAGACUCCUAAUUUGCUGCACUCCUUGUUCAAACAUAGGACAACUGCAAUUUGGGUACUUACCUUACAGUGAAAACUCGUGUCCAGAUUCAAGAUUCACUCCUAAUUCAUGUGGCAUGAACUACAUUAUCUGAGGGACGGACACACACCCACGUGCCCCAGUCAAAUUUUCAGUUUGUGUGUGUGUGUGUAAAACAAAACAUUACCCCUAAAAAUAAAACGAACUAUUGCUACACAACGCUGUUCGCCUUCGCCGUACUCUGUAUCAGUCCGCCUUCGCCGUCCCUCGUCUUCUGUUGCUGUCUUCCUUCGAAUCCGGAGAGUUUUGUCCCUCUCAUACUCUCUCACUCUCUCUGUGUAUAACUGUGUGUGUAUAUACACACACACAUGUAUAUAUAGGAAUUUACCCUAAAAUCCGGUAUGCUUGGUUUCAAAUUUGUUUACGGUAGUUUUGAAUCUCCUUGCGAAUUGAUUUAAUGGAAGGUUGAUUGCUUGUGUAUAUAUGUAUAUAUAUUUGUAUAUAAGGGCUUUUUAAUUGCUUUGUGAAUUAGGGCUUUCUUUCUUCUUUAUAUUUUGGGUAUUUUGUGGGGUGUUUAAUAAAGUCUUGUGACCAUGUCGUUCCGUGUCAAAAAUAAAUUUAUAAAACUAAGAAUUAACUAUUACGUAGAAUAGUAGUUAAGACCGAGUAUCAUUCCAAUGGGAACUAAAGGGCUGAGUUACGACAAAUUCGAUUAACUUCUAGAUUAAUUCGGGCAAAGAAAGUUUGGUUGUUUGAUUUUGGAGAAUUUAUUAAACUAAGAAAAGCAAUUAAAUUAAAAGUUUGUAACGAGUGGACAGGAAAUCUAGGGUUCGAAUCCACUUCGACUGCAUAACUCUAUCAUGCAUAGGCGAUUAAUUAUUCGAAUCAGAAUGGAUUAUUGUUAGGGCUUGCAAACCCUAACUUUAUCAUAAGAAAAUAAUUGAAUUGUUAAAAGGCAUAAACUAUAUCUCAUAGUACGGACCGUCUUAGAAGUACGGUCUAGCCGCCUAACAGCACGGCUCUUAACGAUAAAUGUUAGGGUUUUAACAACUCUAUGUGGAUCACUAUGUAGUGAUUUAAUUGGCUUAGGUUGUGAUCUAAUUUUUUUUGUUUUGCAAAACUUAAACAGGGUUUUGUUGGUAAUUGUAAAUUGGUAGUAUAUUUUUUCAAAAUUCACUUGCUUGAAAUUGAUUAGAUGUAUCAUGUUUGAAAAAGUUAGGUUCGUUAUCAGGUUGGUUAGAAGCAGAGAAGGAUAAUUCAAUUUAGUUGUGCACAAAACGAGUUGCACUGUGCCUUCAGGCACGAGCUCAUUCGCUAGUAAUUAAAUAUUAUAUAAAUGCAAAUAUAAUUAAUUUUUUACAUUUAUGCCAUAAUAAUUAGUUGUACUAAUAAAUUUAAUAAUAUUAAAAAUUAAAAAUUAAAAAUUCGUUUUCUUAUUGUGUUUUUUUUAUCCAUGGUUAUUUUUUAAAAAUAUGAUAUGUAAAGUUUGGGACUGAUCAUUUACCCACUUUUUUUAUCCAUUCGUUUUUUUAUUUAUUGAAUAUUUAGUUUUGUACACAACAAAAUAGGAGUUAAAAAAAAAAAAGACAGAUCAAAAGGAAAAGGAAAAGACAAAAUCCACCUCGUUUUGGUUCUGUACACGGUUUUUACAAAAACCACCGCCCCACUCAGCGAAGGAGAUCCCCUGUCCGACUCCCAUCCGGACAGGGGUCUGUCCAACUCUUCUCGGCAGUUGAUCUCGCAAAUCAACGGCUGAGAUGAGCCAAACACUUUUUGUGCCAAAACGACAUCGUUUUUUAAUCCGUCUAUGAAUUUAACUGAUCUGAACAGACAAACAAAAAAUAAAUCAAAAAUAAAUGAGUGGAUCAAAAAGAACAAAAACAUACCGUCCUUUUUCUUUUCUUUUUCGGGAUCAACUAAAAACAUACCAUCCUGUGAAUAAAAAAUAAAAAUAAAAAAAUAAAGUUCAAAACUUGCCUCUUGAGGACGAUUCGAUUCCUUCGGAUGCAAGCGGUUCGGGAUAACCUGCUCCGGUUGACGAUCCAUCGACUCCAUCGAUUGCUUCCUGGCUUUCGUUAUGCAGUACUCCAUUUGUUGUGAGUGCAUCAUCAACAAAUCAAAGAGAGGGGAAGAGAGACGCUCCUCAGGAAGUGCUGGGGACUGACCGAGGGAGAUGGAAGAAUUGGGAAAAGCUAGUGCUAAAAACUGGUCCUAGCGGUGGGAGGCAGAAUUUGGAAGAAUUGAGAAAAUUUGGUGC